UACUUGCACAAAAUUUUCUUCAUUUUCUCAAGAAUGGCUAGCUUUUCUUUCUUCUUUAUUACAAUCUUGAUCUUUGUUUUUCCCAUUAUUGAAGGGCGUAUUCUGAAACUUGAAGGUUCAGAAAGUAGUAGAUUGAUCUCAGAUGGAGUUGAACACUUCAAGAAUCAAUCAGAAUAUCUAAGCCCAGGCAGCUCAAAGGCACUUAUAACUUCAGGGGAUGAAUGUAAACAUAUAUAUGGUUUCUUUCCAUGUGCAGAAAAUAUUGGAGGGUACAUUUUCAUGAUUGUCAUAUUUCAGUACUUGCUAAUUCUUGGUGAGAAAGUACAGUCCAUAGGAAGCAACAGGCUCUUUAGUAUUCUUGACACUGGAAUUUUUGGUGCGAGUAUCUUUCCAGCCCUUAUAACUUGGCCAAGAAUUGUUAUGGCGUUUGUAUCUGGACUACUGGUUAGCAGAGAGCAAGCUCAAGUAUCGGUAUCUUCUGCACUUGGUUCGAAUGUUGGUUCCAGUGUCUUGAAUCUUACUGUGCUCUGGGGCAUAUGUGUCAUACUUGGGAGACAAAACAUCUCAGGAAAUUCAAAUACACAAAGUGCAGACUCAUCUUCUUCUACUUUGAAAAUGAAAGACUUAAAGCGUACUGGAAUCAUAACAAAUGAUCUAACUGGUUAUAUAGCUGGAGUCAUGUUUCUCUCCCUUGCACCAUUCAUAAUAAUGCUAUUCGUCGAUAUCAUUAGUUCAUCAGUAGGAAAGCGCAUUACCGUUCUUGUUGCUCUCAUAGUAUCAGUCACAUUGUUGCUGUCAUAUUUCGCAUAUCAGAUGUGGAAUCCAUUGAUUCAAGAAAAGUGUUUAGAAUACAUAAAACACGAAAACCUGGUGAAAGUGUUUGUGGAGCAUAUCCAAAGGCAGGCAAGAGGAAAUCUCUUUAAAGGUGGACGUCCUGACAUUAACGCGCUCAGAGGGUAACAUUUUUUGACACCCUUAAAUAAUGAGUUAAAUCUACCGCCCAUACUUUUAAGUCACCUGGAAGUGUAAACAUCUUACUUUUACAAGUCACUGUGUAGAAGUUAAACUCUUAUGAAAAGUCUUGUUUCCUCAUAUAUUUAUCAAGACUUACAGUUAAUACUAUCUUGAGUUGAGGGUCUAUCGAAAAUAACCUCUCUAUUCCAACGGGUAAGGUUAAGGUUUGUAUACACACUACUCUCCCCAGAUACCUUACCUGUGGGAUUUUACUGGGUUGUUGUUGUUGUUG